AAUGAUCUAUUUUCUCUGUUUAUACAUUCAUGUUAUACUUCAACCUUGUAAUAAUUUAAUUUAAUGAUUCUUUUAUAGGAUGCAACCGCAGAAAUUAUGAUAACAACGCCUGGAAAAAUCCCAAACGAGAUGUAUUAUUUAGAAGAUACAACACCUAAUCGCAUAGGUGCUGCUUAUGGCACCGAGUUACACACAAUGCUUAAUAAUAGUCAUACUACUACAUUAGCAUCAAUUGGAACUAUCAACUCCGAUAGUUCAGAACAUUCCAUGCUGCUAUUUAUUUUAGUAACUGCGCUGUUCUUCAUACUAUUGAUAUGCUGUAUCACAGCAUGCGUAAUCGCGAGAUCUAGGAGCAAGCAUACUUUCUUUGUAAAACGGGACAUGGAGUGUAGUCCGGAAUGCAGCGGCGUGAACCAGCCGUUGCUGGGUUUAGACAAGGCUUCCGACACAACCACUAAAACCAGCGGUAGCUCCGCACAAAAUUGAACAGAACCAAUGUCACAUCCUGUCAUUGAUAACCUCAAAGAUGUCAAACAGAAAUUGUCGCGAAUCACUUAGAAUGCGAAAGUAAUAUUACUGUAGCAUUCCUGAUACGUCUGACGGAAAGAAAAUCAUCGCCGCGAGUGAGGUAAACGGCCGAAGGAAGCUCCGCGUGAGCGAGAAAACUUACGCUUUCAUCUCGAGUAACA